CGGCGACGGCCGAAAGGAACGCGGCGGCGCGUAUUUAUUUGCCGAUCGAGGCCAGUGAACUUGGAAAGGAAAAACGCAGACGUGAAAGGGGCGCUCAUUCUUUCCCCGUUAUGGCGGCGACGGCGAAGGGCGUCGCGAAACCAGAACGUGUGCCCACACGCCGCACGGCCAAUGGAGGUUAGUAUAUAAGGCGCCGCGCGGCAUUGGCCCAGACCUAGAUCGCCCCCACGGAGCAGACGCAACCCGCAGCCAUGAAUCCGAUGCACCUCUUCCUCGCUACCGUGGUGUGCGCGCUGCUGUUGGCGUUGCCGACGCACCAACAAGGUCUGCUGGGUCUGAUGGCCACGGCGGCCAUCAUGAGGCGAUUCCGCGGUAACAACCAGAACGAGAACAGCCAGAGCCAGUCCCAAGGGCAGACGCCACUAGCAUCGCAUCCGGAGCCCUCCAUCUAUGGCCUACCUUCGCAGAACGUCCCGUUUUACGCGGGUGGAUACCCCGGUGCCUAUGGUGGCUCCCUGGGCGCGCCAACCGGUCUGGCCCCGGGCUUCGGCGGAGGCUUCCCCGGAGGUAGCGCAGCCUUUGCUCCUGGCAACAACCCUAGCACCUACUCGGCCAGCUUCGGUGGCAUGAACUUCAACACGGGAGGCUUUGGCGGUGCACCGGCGGCUUCCACGUCUUCCGGCUUUGCGCCUGGAGGUUUCGGAGGCCUGCCCGGUGCAGGCGGUGUGCCUUAUGGGGGCUAAGUUUGCUACUGCCGACGACCACACUCCAUCGGCACUUCGUGCUUCUGUGAUUCCGUGCUGAGCUGCGCAGGUCUUUAAAUCCAGAAUGCCGGCGGCAAGCUCACACGCUUUAUUGACAGUGUCCGCGUCUGAGCCCCAAAACAUUGGCAUCGUUCGCGAUCACGAAUAUUUCUCGGAAACUCGUUCCUUCGCUAAAAGAGCGGGGCGGGCGGUAAUGGGGCAACAUGUGGGCUCCACUCGUGUUUUCAGUCUAUGUUCAACGUUUCCAGUUUUGGAGCGCAGAGACGGAGUGGAAGACAGACAGGUAACGUGGGCGCUCGGGUGUGCUGCUUGACUAGUACAGCGGGCCCUUUAUUUACCUUUUCUUGUUUCCUUCUGUUUCUUUUGCAAGAACAUCUUAUAAUUCCUUUGAGAUUCGAGAUAAUCUCAAUGAUUCAUCCAUGUUUUUCCGCUGAAAAAAACCCAAAAGGCUUGCCUAGCAUAUGAAGUUCCAGGAGUGCGUACAUCACACAUGAUUUAGUCAGCUCAGCAAGAAAUCAGUGGCACGGAGUGCGCAAUCACAACGCUAUCUUGCAAUUUUCUCACCCCCCGUUGCAGCUCUCUCCGGAGGAGAGUGCUGCGCUUCUCACGAGUGCUUUCCCACAGUCUACGUACGUCCGCGCGUGACGCUUGCCGCGCGAAAAAAGUUACAAUGCACACUGCCAUUCCAGUCUCGAAGGUUGCGCGAGCUGGUUUACUGCGUUAACUGCAUUUGACGUCUAAUUGUUUACAUCCACCGCUAUCCUAUACCGGAAAAAGGAAUACAUAUUAUGCAGAUUGCCAUGCGCGUUCGGGCACUACCAAGGCUUUAACUCGCAGAGAGCUUUAACCCCACUACCAUUCGAUUGAGCCUGGUUGCCGUUAGAAUGGUAGCUCUGUCCUCUAUCUCACACUACUCCUUGUGCCCUUACCACAGCGUAUGCAGUGCUGCUCAAGAAGGCGUAGGAAAUUAUAGACUUCAGGAUAUUUUUAUUACUAUUAAUUGAAGAAUGCUUAUACGAGGAUUUAUACAAAACGGGUAAAAAGCGUCAUGUAUCCUCCCUGCCUUAACGAUAAAGAUGGCGUAAUACUUUUUUUUUCAAAACAUCUUCAGGCACGUAUAAAUUUAACGGAAUUAAUGAAGCACAUGGAAUCUUGCUUAAUGGCAUUAUUUCUAUUGCACAGUAAACAGCUUGAAACAUGUGUGCAUAUCGCAGACCACCGAGCACAUUUACGAAGCAGCCAUUGAGACUGCUUGCUCGUAGAAGCGACUGCACUGCCUUAUUUAAUUUUUGAAGCUAUUAUGGCGCUCGCCUUAGCUGUGGUGCGGGCGCACCACUUUUCAUAACGUAAUUGCAGCUAGACUGCAGCCACCAUAACCUCUCACAUGCAGCCCUAGGAGCGCGCGACAGUCGUUCCUUCAGGGUCUUAGGCACGUGUAACUUACUCAGUGGCAGUUACAUAUGCUCCACACGUCUCACACUCUCAACAUCCCGAGGCCAUGAGCGGUGUCUUGAAUGCACCCAUGAGCCAUUAUCACGAAACUCUCGCGACGUCAGUAGUAUUGUGACGGCGCGUGUUCUUUGAAAAAUAUGUUAUAGUUCGGGCUGGGGCAUCGGCGGCUGUCGAAAUAUUAGACUGUCUGCGACUCGUUAGGUGAUAUGAAGGAGCGUGACCCUCGUCCAUCUUGACAAACAGUCCUCCACCUACGGUCCCUGACUCGUUUUUAUGAUGUCAACAACUGUGGUGCUAAAUGUAGCCUCAUGAACACAUUCGGCUUUCAUGUUUGAAUGCGUGAACAAUUCCACAGCUCGGCAUAUAGUCCAAGUAAAGUCGCUACAGUGGCGUAACGUGCAUUGAUCCCACCCAAGAGAUAAGCGGCGGCCACAAAAAUUUGCAAAAAUGAAAAAAAAAGAUCGCUGCAAGUAUCUAGGCGCAAUUUAGUAGAAAUAUUCAUGGGGUUAUCAUUUACAUCCGUGAGCCAGUUCACUACGGGCCUUAAGGGUCACAGCUCCUUUCUUCUCACUCGGUCGUCUCUCAUCGAACCAUCAAACAGUGGUCAGUGCUCUGUAGUUUUUUCAAGAGGCCACGCUUGCGUGCAUAUGAAUAGGUACAGAAAUAUAUGGCAAAAUGACAUAUGCUGCUGCACUUUCGUACCUUACGCCAGCUGCGACCACCGUCUAAGUGUUUCACAUUGGCACCUCGGCAAUGCAGGGCGCCUGGGUUGGCUUCCGGCGUUGCUGUUUCUUGAGGUCACCAUUCUGUCGAUACGGCUAGCAGUGAAUACUGUCAUCAGUUGUCCCUGCUUCGCUGCCCCCAGAAAACCUCGCUCAGGAAAUAAUUCAAUUCAUCUCUAGUCUCACACGCUGACGCAACCCUGAUUCUCGAACUGCUUGAGCACUCCAGCCCUAAUCUAGAUACACGCGAGUUUCGUAUGCUUUUGUAAAUAGCUUUCCCUCUUCAACGCGGGUUCCCUACGUUGUACCACUAGUGCCGAAAAUAAACCGAAAUGAUA